AAUUCUGCAGACCCCUAUUUCUGUGUCAGUCGGGUCCUCGUCGUUGUAUUCCCGAUCACUGGCUGUGUGAUGGAUCUAACGACUGUGGAGACAACUCUGAUGAACAGUAUUGCAGUUGGUCAGUUUGUCCAAACAACCAGGUUUAUUGUAAACGGCUCGGGAUGUGUUUGCCAAGCCGAUGGAAAUGUGAUGGUCAACGAGACUGCCCUGACAACUCGGAUGAAGCAGACUGUCCAAAUCUUCCUAAAUGCGGCGACAGUGAGUUCCAAUGCGUUGAUAAGUCUUGUGUGCAAAUAAGUUCAGUUUGUGACGGGAAAGUUGACUGUAUAGACAAAUCGGACGAAAAUCUCUGCAAUUACACUCGAGCAUGUACAAGCAAUCAGUUCCAAUGUCAUAGCACUGGAGUGUGUAUCAACAAAGUCUUUGUAUGUGAUGGUAGUAAUGACUGUGGAGACAAAUCUGAUGAAGAAAAGUGUAACACCACCACGCCUUGCAGUAUUACCGACCAGUUUCAGUGUGGAACUACUGGAAGAUGCAUCAAGAAGGAUCUUGUUUGUGAUGGUUAUGAUGAUUGUGGAGACAACUCGGAUGAAGAAAAGUGUAACAUCACUCUACAAGGCAGCUGCGAGCCAUUGACGAUGCCCAUUUGUCGAAAUUAUAUGCCGUACAAUACUACGAUAUUUCCAAACUUGUUAAGUCACAGAACCCAAGACGAGGCAGCGAAGGAUCUCUUCCAGUUUUAUCCUUUGAUGAAGAAAUAUUGCUCGUCACAUAUUGAGUUUUUCUUUUGCACUGUUUACGCACCAAUUUGUACUAUAUCUAAAACGGCAGUUCCUCCAUGCCGUUCUCUUUGUGAUAGUGCUAAAGUGAGCUGUGAAAGAUCUUUGAAAGAGUUUGGCUUCAAAUGGCCCGAGGUUGUAUCCUGUGAGAGAUUUCCACGUAUAGGAGAGAAGGAGUGCAUUGGAGUUAAUCCAACAGCACCCGUAAGCUCACCGAUGGCGUUACUUGAGACCUAUGCUUUGAUGUGCACUAAAGAAAGUUGUGUUCGUGGAGGUACCUGUCGUGAAGGUUUCAAUCCAUUGCCCUUCUGUAGUUGCAGAUGCGAAGAAAUCGUCAAGACGCUUCCGCCAGUGCACAUGUCCACCACAAUUUCUCCUGCAACGAAACAGGACAGCUGUGAGCCCUUAACGAUACCUCUUUGUCGUUCUAUGCCUUAUAAUAAUACAAUAUUUCCCAACUUUUUGAAUCACACAACACAAGACGAGGCCGCUCUUUAUGUCCACCAGUUUUAUCCUUUGGUAAAAGUCGGCUGCUCGGAGCAUAUAAGUUUGUUCCUCUGUGCUGUUUACGCGCCAGUUUGUUCAGUAUUAGGUUCUGCAGUCCCGCCCUGUCGUCCCCUUUGUAAUAGUGCAAGACUCGGCUGUGAGGGUCUGAUGAAACGUUUCGGUUUCGAAUGGCCAGAGAGUUUGAACUGCGAACAAUUUCCUGAAUUAGGUUCUGAAAUCUGCGUUGGACUUAAUGAAACCUUGGAACCCACCUCCCAGCCACCGAUUGCUUCCAAUGGGUCUUGUCUGGCCAGUCAGUUCCUGUGUAAGACUACAGAAGAGUGUAUUGACUACGCUCUUCUAUGUGAUGGUAACGAUGAUUGUGGAGACAACUCAGAUGAAGAUAUCUGUGGUAAUAAAUGCGGCGACAGUGAGUUCCAAUGCGUUGAUAAGUCUUGUGUGCAAAUAAGUUCAGUUUGUGACGGGAAAGUUGACUGUAUAGACAAAUCGGACGAAAAACUCUGCAAUUACACUCGAGCAUGUACAAGCAAUCAGUUCCAAUGUCAUGGCACUGGAGUGUGUAUCAACAAAGUCUUUGUAUGUGAUGGUAGUAAUGACUGUGGAGACAAGUCCGAUGAAGAAAAGUGUAACACCACCACACUUUGCAGUAUUACCGAUCAGUUUCAGUGUGGAACUACUAGAAGAUGCAUCAAGAAGGAUCUUGUUUGUGAUGGUUAUGAUGAUUGUGGAGACAACUCGGAUGAAGAAAAGUGUAACAUCACUCUACAAGGCAGCUGCGAGCCAUUGACGAUGCCCAUUUGUCGAAAUUAUAUGCCGUACAAUACUACGAUAUUUCCAAACUUGUUAAGUCACAGAACCCAAGACGAGGCAGCGAAGGAUCUCUUCCAGUUUUAUCCUUUGAUGAAGAAAUAUUGCUCGUCACAUAUUGAGUUUUUCUUUUGCACUGUUUACGCACCAAUUUGUACUAUAUCUAAAACGGCAGUUCCUCCAUGCCGUUCUCUUUGUGAUAGUGCUAAAGUGAGCUGUGAAAGAUCUUUGAAAGAGUUUGGCUUCAAAUGGCCCGAGGUUGUAUCCUGUGAGAGAUUUCCACGUAUAGGAGAGAAGGAGUGCAUUGGAGUUAAUCCAACAGCACCCGGAAGCUCACCGAUGGCGUUACUAGAGACCUAUGCUUUGAUGUGCACUAAAGAAAGUUGUGUUCGUGGAGGUACCUGUCUUGAAGGUUUCAAUCCAUUGCCCUUCUGUAGUUGCAGAUGCGAAGAAAUCAUCAAGACGCUUCCACCAGUGCACAUGUCCACCACAAUUUCUCCUGCAACGAAACAAGACAGCUGUGAGCCCUUAACGAUACCUCUUUGUCGUUCUAUGCCUUAUAAUACUACAAUAUUUCCCAACUUUUUGAAUCACACAACACAAGACGAGGCCGCUCUUUAUGUCCACCAGUUUUAUCCUUUGGUAAAAGUCGGCUGCUCGGAGCAUAUAAGUUUGUUCCUCUGUGCUGUUUACGCGCCAGUUUGUACAGUGUUAGGUUCUGCAGUCCCGCCCUGUCGUCCCCUUUGUAAUAGUGCAAGACUCGGCUGUGAGGGUCUGAUGAAACGUUUCGGUUUCGAAUGGCCAGAGAGUUUGAACUGCGAACAAUUUCCUGAAUUAGGCUCUGAAAUCUGCGUUGGACUCAAUGAAACCUUGGAACCCACCUCCCAGCCACCGAUUGGUGAGAAAUCUUCCAAUGGGUCUUGUCUGGCCAGUCAGUUCCUAUGUAAGGCUACAGAAGAGUGUAUUGACUACGCUCUUCUAUGUGAUGGUAACGAUGAUUGUGGAGACAACUCAGAUGAAGAUAUCUGUGGUAAUUCCACCGUUGUUUCACAUUGUGGAAGCAAGGAGUUUAAAUGCCGUGAAACGGGAGAAUGUUUGAAAAACUUUCUUGUUUGUGACGGCUCCUACGACUGUGAUGACAAAUCAGACGAAAAAGGCUGUAAUAGCACUGUUCCGUGCGAAGCCGAUGAGUUUAAAUGCCGUGAGUCCGGAGCUUGUAUCACAAAACGUGCUGUUUGUGAUGGAUUGCUGGAUUGUAUCGACAAAUCAGACGAAGGAGGAUGUGACAAUGAAGCCUCAUGUGUCGGUAAGCUUUUUCGAUGCAAUUCAACCAGAAGAUGCAUUGAUGAAAAGUGGGUUUGUGAUGGCCAUGCAGAUUGUGAUGAUAUGUCAGAUGAAUUAGUGUGCCCUACGACUGAAUUCUGCAGACCCCUAUUUCUGUGUCAGUCGGGUCCUCGUCGUUGUAUUCCCGAUCACUGGCUGUGUGAUGGAUCUAACGACUGUGGAGACAACUCUGAUGAACAGUAUUGCAGUUGGUCAGUUUGUCCAAACAACCAGGUUUAUUGUAAACGGCUCGGGAUGUGUUUGCCAAGCCGAUGGAAAUGUGAUGGUCAACGAGACUGCCCUGACAACUCGGAUGAAGCAGAUUGUCCAAAUCUUCCUAAAUGCAGCGACAGUGAGUUCCAAUGCGUUGAUAAGUCUUGUGUGCAAAUAAGUUCAGUUUGUGACGGGAAAGUUGACUGUAUAGACAAAUCGGACGAGAAACACUGCAAUUACACUCAGACAUGUACAAGCAAUCAGUUCCAAUGUUAUGGCACUGGAGUGUGUAUCAACAAAGUCUUUGUAUGUGAUGGUAGUAAUGACUGUGGAGACAAAUCUGAUGAAGAAAAGUGUAACACCACCACGCCUUGCAGUAUUACCGACCAGUUUCAGUGUGGAACUACUGGAAGAUGCAUCAAGAAGGAUCUUGUUUGUGAUGGUUAUGAUGAUUGUGGAGACAACUCGGAUGAGGAAAAGUGUAACAGCACUCUACAAGGCAGCUGCGAGCUGUUGACGAUGCCCAUUUGUCGAAAUUAUAUGCCGUACAAUACUACGAUAUUUCCAAACUUGUUAAAUCACAGAACCCAAGACGAGGCAGCGAAGGAUCUCUUCCAGUUUUAUCCUUUGAUGAAGAAAUAUUGCUCGCCACAUAUUGAGUUUUUGUUUUGCACUGUUUACGCACCAAUUUGUACUAUAUCUAAAACGGCAGUUCCUCCAUGCCGUUCUCUUUGUGAUAGUGCUAAAGUGAGCUGUGAAAGAUCUUUGAAAGAGUUUGGCUUCAAAUGGCCCGAGGUUGUAUCCUGUGAGAGAUUUCCACGAAUAGGAGAGAAGGAAUGCAUUGGAGUUAAUCCAACAGCACCCGUAAGCUCACCGGCGGCGUCACUUGAUACUUAUGCUUUGAUGUGUACUAAAGAAAGUUGUGUUCGUGGAGGUACCUGUAUCGAAGGUUUUCAGUCAUUUCCUUCGUGUAGUUGCAGAUGCGAAAAAAUCAUGAAGACGCUUCCACCAGUACACAUGUCCACCAUUUCUCCCUCAACGAAACAGGACAGUUGUGAGCCGUUAACGAUACCUCUUUGUCGAUCUAUGCCUUAUAAUACUACAAUAUUUCCCAACUUUUUGAACAUCACAACACAAGAAGAAGCUGCUCCUUAUGUCCACCAGUUUUAUCCUUUGGUAAAAUCCGGCUGCUCGAAGCAUUUAGGGCUCUUCCUCUGUGCUGUUUACGCGCCAGUUUGUUCAGUAUUAGGUUCUGCAGUCCCGCCCUGUCGUCCCCUUUGUAAUAGUGCAAGACUUGGCUGUGAAGAUCUGUUGAACCGUUUUGGUGUUAAAUGGCCAGAGAGUUUGAACUGCGAACGAUUCCCUCUAGAAGGUGUAAGUGACUGCGUUGGAGUGAAUGGAUCGAGGGGACCCACCCCUCUGCCGCCAACAAUGUCUAGUCGCUCCUGUCUUACCAGUCAGUUCCAAUGUACCAUCACAGAAGAGUGCAUUGACAAAAGUCUUGUUUGCGAUGGUAAGGAUGACUGUGGUGAUGACUCAGACGAAGACAGCUGUGGUGCCGAAUGUGACAGCAGUGAAUUUCAAUGCGAUGAUAGAUCCUGUGUCCUGAUAAGUGUUGUUUGUGACGGCAAAACUGACUGUGUGGACAAAUCGGACGAGAAACACUGUAAUUACACUCAAACAUGUACAAGCAAUCAGUUCCAAUGUCGUAGCACUGGGGUAUGCAUCAACGAAAUCUUUGUAUGUGAUGGUAGUAAUGAUUGUGGAGACAUGUCCGAUGAAGAGAAGUGUAACACCACCGCACCCUGUAACACUACCGACCAAUUUCAGUGUGGGGCCUCUGGAAGCUGUAUCGCGAAGUAUGUCGUUUGUGAUGGUAAUGAUGAUUGCGGAGACAACUCGGAUGAAGUCGACUGUGAAGAUGAUCGUCUUUGUGAUACUGAUGAGUUUGAAUGCAAUGCAACAGGACGAUGUAUCCCUGCAAAAUGGGUGUGUGAUGGAGUCAAUCAUUGCCCUGACAGCUCAGAUGAGGCAAAAUGCGACAAUAUUGAGUGUGGCGAGGAAAGAUUUCGAUGUAAGUCCAGCCCAGGAGUCUGCAUCUUAACCACAUGGAUCUGUGAUGGGCAGGAUGACUGUGGAGAUAACUCUGAUGAAGUGAACUGUUCCUUACCUGAAUGCAAUACGGGAGAGUUCCUUUGCAAGCCUUCCAAGUUGUGUAUGCCUGUCAGAUGGAAGUGUGAUGGUGAAUCUGACUGUUCAGACAAUUCAGAUGAAGCAGACUGUCCUGAAUUCUCGUGUCCCAGCGGACACUUUAGAUGCAACAGUUCAGGAGGGUGCAUUCCAGAAAGAUGGGUUUGUGAUUUAGAUAAAGACUGCAAGGAUGAAUCAGAUGAAGUUAACUGUGCUAAGACUACGUGUGAACCUUCGCAAUUUUCAUGCGAAACAUCUGGAAAGUGUCUACCAAAAGGAUGGGUUUGUGAUGGCCAAGACGAUUGUUCUGAUCGAUCGGAUGAAAAGCACUGCACCCGAAAUAAAUGUGGAGAUGAGGAAUUUUUAUGCAAAGCCACAGGUACUUGUAUCCCAGAGAAACAACGCUGCAAUGGUUUAAAUGAAUGUCAUGAUAACUCUGAUGAAUUGGACUGUACCUUGCCUGUUUGCAAAAAGGAUCGAUUUCUUUGCGGUUCCAGGGGUUGUGUGCCUAACACAUGGAAGUGCGAUGGUGAUUCUGACUGCCCAGGCAACUCGGACGAAGUCAACUGUUCUAGAGUUGCUGAACAAUGUCGCAAAAAUGAAUUGCAGUGUAAGGAUGGUUCGUGCAUUCACAGCAUCUGGGUUUGUGAUGGCGAGCAAGAUUGUGAAGACAAUUCAGAUGAGCUUAACUGCACUUCUCCAAAUAAAUGCGACGGGAAUGAAUGCGGUCACACUUUGUGCGUAACAAAUCAGUUCAUCUGUGAGAAUGGAAGGUGCAUAGAUGUGCAAGAAAGGUGUGACGAAAAAUCUGAUUGCUCUGAUGGUUCUGAUGAGGCAGAUUGUGACGGGGAAAUCUGCCAAAUCCGAGGAAACUGCAGUCAAAGUUGUACAGUUGACAGAGAUGUUUACACCUGCAAAUGCUCCGAGGGAUACGAGUUAACAUCAAACAACAAAACUUGCCGAGCUUUAGGCCCACAGGGAUUUGUUUUUGUUGUAAAUCGCAUGGACAUUCGCCGAUUCUCAAUUGACACACUAACUCCUGAGCUAGUAGUUUCUGCUGAUCAAACAAACAUCCUUUUUUUGGAUUUCAACUUUGAUACAAGACAUAUUUACUGGAGUGAUAGGAAUUAUGACAGUCAUGACAGUAUUCGACGAGCACCGGUUGAUAACGGCAGUGAUAUUGAAGUGAUUAUCGAGGGAAAUCUCGAGGGACCAGAAGGAUUAGCAGUGGACUGGAUCAACAAGAAGUUAUAUUGGAUUAAUACCAACUCGACAGCACCGGAGAUUGAAGUUGCUGAUCUAGAUGGGAAAAAUCGUAUGAGUCUUAUCCAGGAAGACUUACAAAAGCCAAGAGCUAUUGCAGUACAUCCGUUUCUUGGUUAUCUGUACUGGACUGACUGGGGUGACGCAGGUAAAAUAGAGAGAUGCGCUAUGAAUGGUGAUAGUGCAACACGUAGAGCUAUCGUAACUGACAACAUAGGCUGGCCUAAUGGGAUCACAAUAGACUACACUCUAAACAGAUUCUGGUGGACUGAUGCCAAGCAACAAACCAUUGAAUCUGCUGACUUGAAUGGAAAACAUCGCAAAGUUUUCUUGAGGGCCACGCCUUUAGAACAUCCUUUUGGGAUUUCAGUCUUCCUUGACAACGUUUUCUGGACAGACUGGACAACAUCGAAACUCCAUGUUGCAAAUAAGUUUACUGGAAAGGUUGCAAAUGCUGUUGUUCUGCAAAGGCCGAUGGAUGUUGUUGUGUUUCAUCGACAAAGGCAGCCAGUAGGAUCCAAUCCUUGUGAUGUCCCUACACAGCUCGGUGGCUGCAGUCACAUCUGUUUAUUGGCGCCUGUCGACUCUUACCCACAAGGCUUUUCAUGCCAUUGUCCACCUGGACUAACACUGCUUGCUGACCAGAAGACCUGUCAUUCGCAGGCUCAGCCGCAACCUUGAGAAGUGGAGACUGGAGGAGGCGCAA